GCUACCACAUGCAAGGGGAUUUCAGGGAGCAGCAGCAGCUACAGGGCUGGUGGAUCCAUGACUACACAGAUUCACCUGCUUCUCCUCUGGUUUCUUCAGCCUUGAGGAAAACAGUCUGAUCUGUGAAGGAGAAGAUGAGCAUCUACUUCCAUCUGUAGGUGAAAACUGUGGAAGGACUCACCAAUAUCACUGCAGAAGAGUGUCUUGGCACGGGAAAGCUCUGUUUCACUGAAAUGACAGUCAAAAUAAAAUAGAUACCUAUCUUGGAUCAUUCAAAAUGAGAUUGCAUCUUCAGAUUCACCUCAUCUUGGCCAGAACAUUCCAAUCUGGUCUACUGCUGCCAAGAUCUGGUCUCGAUCUGUUAACAAUUUAUCGUUUCAUCAACAACAAUGAGCUCCACAACACAGCCAGAUGGAAAAUGUUUGGGAUGCAUUACAGAAGCCUCUUAUGAGAAGCAUCUUACGUAUCCAGAACGGUUUGGACGCCUGCAGAGGGGUCUUUCUACAGUAUCCCCCACAAUGUAUUGGAAUAGACACUGGGGCUAUGAUGGAGUUUCUGGACGUGAACAGCUCUUUGCUCAGCAAAGAAUGCACAGUAUGAUCAGCUCAGUGGAUGUAAAGUCAGAGGUUCCUGUGGCAUUGGAGCCCAUCACACCACUGGACUUGCGAACAGAUCUCAGGAUGAUGGUGCCCAUUGUGGACCCAAUUAUGCGCGAAAAGCAGCUCCAGCAGGAGCUACUUCUGAUCCAGCAGCAGCAGCAAAUUCAGAAACAACUUCUGAUUGCGGAGUUUCAGAAACAGCAUGAAAACUUGACCCGACAGCACCAGGCCCAGCUCCAGGAGCACAUAAAGUUACAACAGGAACUCCUCGCCAUUAAACAACAGCAAGAACUCCUUGAAAAGGAGCAGAAACUGGAGCAGCAGAGGCAAGAGCAGGAGCUAGAGAGACAUCGCAGGGAACAGCAACUUCCUCCCCUCAGAGGCAAAGAAAGAGGCCGAGAAAGGGCAGUGGCAAGCACAGAAGUGAAGCAGAAACUACAAGAGUUCCUGUUGAGUAAAUCAGCAACAAAAGACUCUCCAACUAAUGGGAAGAAUCAUUCCACGAGCCGCCAUCCCAAGCUCUGGUACACGGCUGCCCACCAUACCUCACUGGAUCAAAGCUCUCCACCCCUGAGUGGGGCCUCUCCGUCAUACAAAUACACUUUACCAGGAGCACAGGAUGCCAAGGAUGAUUUUCCACUUCGAAAAACUGCCUCAGAGCCCAACUUGAAGGUGCGUUCCAGGUUAAAACAGAAGGUGACAGAAAGGAGAAGCAGCCCCUUACUCAGGCGGAAGGAUGGAAAUGUUGUCAGUUCAUUCAAGAAGAGACUGUUUGAAGUGACAGAGUCGUCAGUUAGUAGCAGUUCUCCAGGAACAGGGCCCAGCUCACCAAGCAACGGCCCUACUGGAAGUGUGACAGAAAAUGAAACCUCACUUUUGCCAUCUAAUUCUCAAGCUGAGCACUUGGUUUCACAACAACAUAUUGUGAUUCAUGAAGAAUCGAUGAACCUGUUGAGUUUGUAUACAUCUCCUUCUUUGCCCAACAUUACCUUGGGACUUCCAGCGGUACAAUCCCAGCUCAGUGCUUCAUCUUCACUCAAAGAAAAACAGAAGUGUGAGACCCAGACACUGAGGCAGGGAGUGGCUCUUCCUGGACUGUAUGGGGGAAACAUGCCUCCCUCUUCAGCUCAGCCUCAUAUUGCUCUAGAGGGAAAACCUAACAGUAGCCAUCAGGCUCUCCUGCAACAUUUGUUACUGAAGGAGCAAAUGAGACAGCAAAAGCUUCUUGUGACUGGAGGGGUUCCUCUCCAUCCACAGUCUCCAUUAGCAACAAAGGAGAGAGUCUCACCAGGCAUCAGAGUUGCCCACAAGUUGCCUCGUCAUAGGCCCCUGAAUCGAACCCAGUCAGCUCCUCUGCCUCAGAGCACCUUGGCCCAGCUGGUCAUUCAGCAGCAGCACCAGCAGUUCCUGGAGAAGCAGAAACAGUACCAGCAACAGAUUCACAUGAACAAAAUGCUCUCUAAAUCCAUUGAACAGCUAAAACAGCCUGGCAAUCAUCUAGAAGAAGCUGAAGAAGAGCUUCAUGGAGAUCAUGCUAUGCAGGAAGAAAGAGCUCCCUCUAGUGGUAACAGCAUUAGGGAUGACAGCUGCAGCAUUUGUGUGGAUGACAGAAUAGGACAGCAUGUGGGGGCUGUGAAAGUGAAAGAGGAGCCACUGGACACUGAUGACGAUAAUCAAACCCAGCAAAUGGAAUCUGGGCAGCAGGCUGCUUUUAUGCAACAGCAGAUCCUGGAGCAUCAGCGUAUCCACCAGUUGCAAAUGUACCAGGCUCAGAUGGCUACAGUUGGCAUGGCAGGAUUAGAUAAACAUCGGCCUGUUUCCAGGACCCAGUCUUCCCCUGCAGCUUCCACAUUACCUCAUCCAGCAAUGGACCGGCCCAUCCAGCCUGUCUACAUGACUGGUGUUGUCUAUGACAGUCUAAUGCUGAAGCACCAAUGCAUGUGUGGCAACUACGCCAACCAUCCUGAGCAUGCUGGAAGAAUACAAAGCAUCUGGUCAAGGCUGCAAGAAACUGGGUUGCUAAACAAGUGUGAGCGAAUUCGAGGUCGAAAAGCCAGUCUGGAGGAAAUACAGCUGGUUCACUCUGAACAUCAUUCACUGCUAUAUGGCACCAGCCCCCUGAACAGACAGAAGCUGGACCCCAGGAAACUCCUAGGCAGCGUGUCUCAAAAAAUCUUUUCCUUGUUGCCUUGUGGGGGACUUGGGGUGGACAGUGACACCAUUUGGAAUGAGCUGCAUUCGUCCGGCGCUGCACGCAUGGCUGUUGGCUGUGUCAUCGAACUGGCUUCCAAAGUAGCCUCUGGAGAGCUGAAGAAUGGUUUUGCUGUUGUAAGGCCCCCAGGCCAUCAUGCUGAAGAAUCAACAGCCAUGGGGUUCUGCUUUUUUAAUUCGGUUGCAAUUACUGCCAAAUACUUGAGAGACAAGCUAAAUAUAGGCAAGAUAUUGAUUGUAGAUCUGGAUGUUCACCAUGGCAAUGGUACACAGCAGGCUUUUUAUGCUGACCCCAGCAUCCUGUAUGUUUCCCUCCAUCGCUAUGAUGAAGGCAACUUCUUCCCUGGCAGUGGAGCCCCAAAUGAGGUUGGAAGAGGCCUUGGCAAAGGAUAUAAUGUAAAUAUUGCUUGGACAGGUGGCUUGGAUCCCCCCAUGGGAGAUGUAGAGUACCUAACAGCAUUCAGGACUGUGAUUAUGCCAAUUGCCAAUGAGUUUGAUCCGGACAUUGUCCUAGUAUCAGCUGGAUUUGAUGCUGUGGAAGGCCACGAUGCUCCAUUAGGCGGGUACAAAGUCACAGCUAAAUGUUUUGGUCACCUAACGAAGCAGUUGCUGAAGCUAGCAGCUGGUCGUGUGGUGCUGGCACUGGAGGGAGGACAUGACCUUACUGCCAUCUGUGAUGCAUCUGAAGCCUGUGUAAAUGCCCUUCUAGGAAAUGAGCUGGAGCCUCUCCCAGAAGAUAUGCUGCACCAAACCCCUAAUAUGAAUGCAAUGGCUUCUUUACAAAAGGCCACUGAAAUUCAAAGCAAGUACUGGAAGUCAGUGAAGCCGUAUCCUGUGCUAGUGGGUUAUGCCCUGGCUGAGACUCAGAAACAAGAGAGAGAGGAGACGGAGACUGUCUCUGCUAUGGCCUCACUGUCAGUGGAUGUUGAACAGUCUUUUUCUCAGGAAGACAGCAGAGCUGCUGGCGAGGCCAUGGAAGAAGAGCCAGCCUUGUGAAGUGCCAAGUCCUCCCUGAUAUUUCCUGUGUGUGACAUCAUUGUGUAUCCCCCCAAAGCACCCUCAGACAUGUCUUGUCUGCUGCUUGGGUGGCACAGAUCAGAUGGAACAUAAACACUGGGCACAAAACUCUGAACAGCAGCUUCACUUGUUCUUUGGAUGGACUUGAA